AUGCAGGGUCGCAUGCAACCUGUCUAUGCUCCUCCGUACAAUCCGGACUACGAUCCCUGGCACGAGGAUUCGGAUGAGUCUGAGUUCCUGUAUGGCGAGCCGUCUGAAUUCCAGCGUGUGCAGGCAGCCCUGCAAACCGCAGUUCUGGACAGCGCAGAAGCUUCGGACAUCGCGAAUGCACUGACGCGAACACAAUUGCCAGGGCUGGAGAGCAUGAGCGUUUCAGCGCUCGAAGCACACAUCGCUGAUCGUGCCGCAGAGUUGAGAAUGCUCGUUACCCAGCUCGAGCGGCUGAAAAGUGCCGAAAUCACUUUGGACCUGCUCCUACCAUCCGGCCGCUCUUUCACGCAGGUGGUGAAGAUGAGGAGCAGGAUCUCCGUAAUCUGCAAGGCAAUCCGGCGCCGCGAAGAGCUGAAAGGCUUGCAAGACGGCCAGGUGAAGCUCGUUUUGGGGACUUUGGAGAUGCAGGAAGACAAGACCGUCUUUGACUAUGGCCUGGCAGAUGGAGAUAGCCUCACGGUCGUGUUGCAAGCGGCCCCGCAAUUGUCACGAUGGUCCCAGCUGUGGCCCCCCGUCCGUCCCAGAUUGCCUUGA